AGGCUGCGCUGAGGCUGCGGGGCCGGAUGGCCGAGCCGCCCGCCCCGAUCACUCGGGCGGAGGCCGGCGGCGGGCGAGGAGUCGGGGCCAGCCUUCCCUGCCGGGAGAGCCAGCGCCAUGGUCUCAUGGAUCAUCUCCAGGCUAGUGGUGCUUAUCUUUGGCACUCUUUACCCUGCAUAUUAUUCGUACAAAGCCGUGAAAUCAAAGGACAUCAAAGAAUAUGUCAAAUGGAUGAUGUACUGGAUCAUAUUCGCACUCUUCACGACAGCAGAGACGUUCACGGAUAUCUUUCUUUGCUGGUUUCCAUUCUACUAUGAACUCAAAAUAGCUUUUGUAGCUUGGCUGCUGUCUCCGUACACAAAAGGCUCCAGUCUCCUGUACAGGAAAUUUGUUCAUCCAACACUGUCUUCAAAAGAAAAGGAGAUCGAUGACUGCCUUGUCCAGGCCAAAGACAGGAGCUACGAUGCCCUGGUGCACUUUGGGAAGCGGGGGCUGAACGUCGCGGCCACAGCAGCUGUCAUGGCAGCUUCAAAGGUCUCUCAGCUACUUCAUUUACACUGGUAUUUGGACCAGAAAAAAGGGCAGGGUCAGGGGGCCCUGUCUGAGAGACUAAGGAGCUUUAGCAUGCAGGAUCUCUCAUCAAUUCGUGGAGACAGCAGCAGCACUGUUCCUCCUUCGGUCACUGUACGGACAAGUAGCAAACAGAGCCAGCCAAAAACAUCCAGAAGUGCAUCGGAAGGCACUGGCAGCUCAGUGUGCACGUGUUGCUCAGUGUGCCGACUCCUCAGAGGUGUGGACAAUAAAUAUGAAAAGCCACCUGAGGCAAACUGUGAAACAAAAGGCUCUGUGUUCUCAGAUGAUGAAGAGAACGAGUCAUUGGAUUGUGCAUCCAUGAACAAAAGGCCCAAAAAGAAGGAUCAACCCCUUGAGGCACCGCCUAGGACCCUUAGACCUCGCUUCAGGAAGAAAAGUACCUCGUCCUCUGCCACUGAAACAAUGUGAGUGCAAUGAGCCAAUAGCACCAAGAUCCACAGAAUGUCCCUCUUCUGCCUUAAAGAGCUACUUGUUACUAAUGUAGGAAACAGCAGUGGGAUGGAUGUGCUUUGAUGUACAGCAUGGUAGACAUGGCCUUUCUCUCUCCUCUCUCUGUAUCCUUCUGUUACACGCCUCUGGCAUUUGUCCGUGAUGUGGGUAGGACAGUCUGGCAGACACCUGCAAGUUUAGAGUCCUUGUUUGGUUUGCAGAGCGUGCACCCACUCAUGCUAAUCCCAUAAGACUGUACAUUUACAAUUCUCAUUUGUGUCUGCACAGCUCUGUGAAUGCACAGCAGAAACAAAAAUAAUCAGUUGCUCAUGAUGAUACAUUGACCGUGUAUUUAUUUAUGACUUUAUCAUUAAUGAAGUGGAUUUGCAGAAGCCACGGAUUUCUCUUCUCUCCCUUCCUCCUCAAGACUGUGAAUGAUGUAACCAAUGUCAAAGUACUUUGUACAAAAUGUCCAGGAUUCGUUAGUGAAAGCUGAGCUACAACUCUGUUUCUGCAAGUCACAUGUAUUCUGAGAAAUCGUUGUGCUAGAAAAACAUAGAGACAAAACCACUUACAGAGGAUGAGGAGGAGAUGUGCAAGAGGAAAAAACAAAUGGUUUUAAUCAUGUAAUGAAGGGGGAGUCUUAAUUUUGAUCAGCCUGAGCCAGGAGAGUAUUGUGUGGAAAGCAGUGGCUGGUAGAAGAGCUAGAUGGCAUCGCUGUGGCAAACGUCCUGCUGCUGGUUGUUAAGUGUGAGCAAGCCAAGCUUGUAGUAGCUGCAGCGACCGAAAUUAGAAUCGCUUUAGGGACGCUCUUCCAGGGGAAACCGCGCCUCCCUCCCCUGCCUGCAGGUGUCAGUCCCUGCGCCCUGCUCUCUCAGUGAGGUGCUGCUGGUUUACUGGAAUGAGCAGAGCAGGGCGCUGGGUCUGAGCUGCUUUUUGGAGCCUGGAGUUUUGCCUGUAGCAUGGAGUUUGGUUAGAACCCCAAGAACCAGAUGGAGUGAUGUAUUUGUGUCCAUAUAUACAUGAGAAAUAUAAAAGAAGAGGAAGACGUGGUAGGGUUUGUGUAUUCGUGCUUCAAGUUGGUGUCUCUUGUAAGUGUUGAGCAUGUGAGAUUCACACAUAAGUUAAUUACGUGGCCCUUUGUAUUUGCCCUUGGACCUGUCACAUAGACUAGAGAAACAUUUAGCAUUAGGUAGGAUGUGCCAUCACUAAUGGAUCAGUACAGGAGCUUGGUGGUGAGCAAUACUGUUCAUCUAGCCCAGGAUGCCAGCAGCUGGCUGGAGUGUGUCAGGCUCAGAGGUAAAUCUGAAGUGGCCUUUGAAACCUUUUCUCUGCCGGAUAUGCAUCGAUAUCCCAGCUGUCCCUGACUGAUGGAUCCCUGAGGUUUCCUCCAGAGCUUCCUACAUAUGUGGGGAAGAGAGAAAUUCAUUAUGCACACGCACAAACCUUUGUCUGACCCGGCUAGGAAGUGGAAAAGGCAAGCAAGUAUUUCCUAUGUCUGCCACAAUAUUUGGCCUCAUUACCUGACAAUUUUAUUUCCUUUACAUGUGCUAAUCCAAUCAUAUUUUGCAAUGGGCAAGAAGGAAAAAGUCUUCAGACAGUAAAUUGGAAAAAAACCCCAACAAACCUGUUCAAAUAGCAGUUGCAGAAGAGUCAGUCCUUGGAAGACACUCAGCAAAAGCUCUGAGAAGCUGAGCUUGUGUGCUUUGUUUUUAAGCAGCUUUAGAGUGUAUUUGAUUUCUUUUGGCAAACAUUUAAAAGAAAUAGAGAAACUGCCUGCAGUGUUAGCAGAAAACAAAAUCCUGUUUCCAGCGACCUGUUUCCCUGCUAUGCAAUGGGCUGCCAUAAGAUAAAAAGAAGCUGACAAGUUUGCACUCAAUUACGCCAAAAAACCCCAACAACAUAGAGCUACGUAACGUCUGACAAAUUCUCUUCUCAGACACACUGUGUUAACCCUGAUUCUCACCAGAAUGAUUAAAUGUGCAUCUGAUCUGCUGUUUUACUGUAAACUUGACUGUUCAGCAUUUCUGAAGUGCUGAGGUGAAAUUGUGGACAAGGGAGUUGCCUUAUAUCUCUUGAAACAUUCACUGUAUAAAUGAGAAGAAAAAUAAUAAACCUUUUCAUAUCUCUGGCAAAAAUGGAUUAAUUUAUCAACCGAGCUGUAUAUUUGUGUAUAGAUAGACAAGAAAUGUGAAUGCCUGACCACAUACAUGUAGUGCUCUAGUGUUCUGUGUACAGAAGAGAACGGCCUUUUGCUUUUGAUUUCCUCAUUUCCACCCGCGGGCUGUUUACAGGUGUUGCCCCAAGGCUGUUAUUUCACUCUGGCUACUUAGGUUCAUUAGGAAUAACCACCAGAAGUGAAGCCUUUUGUUCCUAGUUGUUCUCUCAAGGAACAAGCCCUGUGCUCAUCCUGACCCCUCCUGGCAAGCGGGGGUUUGCAGGAUUAGAGCAAGGGGAAGAUCGUGGCCUCUUGGGGAGCAGUUCUCAGCUUCCUCCCAUCCCAGCUCCCUGACGGCGCGAUGGCUCCUCCCAAAGCAGGCAGUCUUGCAGCUGCUGGUUUAAAAUAGAGACAGAUCGGGCUUAAGAGGAACGUGGUUUUGGAGCCCUUCAGGCAGGUGGGCUCUAGGGUCAGUGUUGUAGGGCAGGCAGACAGAGACCUCCUGGCUUCUCAGAGAGAGCCUGGAGAGUGUCACCCUGAAGGAAACAGGCCAGCCCUGAAAAAUAGAGGCUCAGGUGAAGCUUGCAUUAUUUUAACGAAGUAAAAUUGAGGCUGAGGGGAAGGAGACUGCAGCUGAAGAUGGUCCAUGGAAAACGGGCCUGUGAAUUAUCUUGUUUACCAUAAAAUCACCACAGUUAUGAGAACAAGCUGGAGCAGCUCAGUGCAGCCCUCCACCCCUCCUCUCCUGUUGUAGGGGCCAGUGUCAGUGCAGCCACAGCCACCGAGUGCUGAGUCAGGAUCACAUUCAAUAUAGACAAGACAGGCUUCGUGUGUAUCCCUGUCACCUUGGAAUUACCCCCACGCUAAUCUAAGUAGUGUAAGUGCAAACCCAGCACAGAAGGAAAGGCCAAUCAGGUUAUUUAUCCCUAAUGAGAGGGAGAAAUCUGCUUGGAGAGAUGCUCCCAAGCCUCGUGUGAACAACCUGCUGCCCCUGACUGCUCUCUGAAGUGUUCUCACCUAGUGAUGGAAGCCUCCUACUUGUGACCCAAUGCUCGUUAAUCACAGUCUCUUUCUGCCUUUUGUUUUGGUACUCGUUUUGCAUCUAGCACAGUAUCUGAAAUAGCAGAGAACACUACACUGGGAUUUGCAUUUUGAUGGACUAUUUAAGGAUCAUCAUUGUGCACUUCAUGGGAUUUCUUUCCUGUGAUGGGUAGAAAGGAUCUGUGAUGGAACAGUAAAUGCCUCACGACAAUGGCUGUUACAACAGUAUUCCAAAGGUUGAUGUUUUGCUGGUUUUGUUACACUGCUUGGUACACAUCUUGAAUAAAGUCUUAAUCUUUUCUUUAAAAAAAAAACAUGGGAAAAAAAAAAAGAAGAAAACAUCUUUAGUCUGUUCUAUGUAUCUGGCAGGCCAGAAUAAUUACUUUUGAUCGCUGUAUUAUUUUUAUCUCAAUUCUGGCUGACUGUAUAUAGAUGUAUUCACUAAGUGCUGCAUGUCCUUCAGAACUUCUUUCUGUAUUAUGAACUGGAAAAAAAAAAUACAGCUACUGAACACUC